CUAUGCCUUCUAUUACAACUUUCUUUCUAGCGACAACGCCGCAAUUCAAGAAGACCAAGCAUCGUUUUAGUGUAAAGAAAACAUUUACAGUUGUCAUUGCGCAAAUUGGCAAAACCGGUAAAUAGCAAAAAUGGAGGAGGACCACAAACUUACACUGCCCGGCUUACCGCCUUUACCGAAAAGCCUUAGUGCGGCUAUCGGCCAGCCCAAUUCGUCAUCACCUCUAAGUCAUGCCCAUCACUUCUUGGAUCCUGAUUUGUAUUUGGGUGCUUCUACCUCUGCGGCGGCAUCGCAUCGUGGCAGUCAACGUGUAGGUGGUGGGGGAGGCAGCAGUAGUAAUUCAUACCGCCAUGGUAGUCUAUCAUCGACGCAGGAAUCGCUUAGUGAUCGUGAAAGUAUACACAGUCGAGCCUCGUCCACACACAGUGCCGGCGGUCAUCUGUCGCACUACCAUCAACAGCAGCAGUCUUCGCUGCUGCACACGCCCACCAACAAUAACCACUCCAACCACAGCAGCAAUAACAAUUCGCAUAACCAUCAUGCCCGUACUGACAGUGAUAGUACAUCUGGGUCAAGUACCACCACAAAAUUGGAUACACAAUUGGCCAUAUUAAGGCGUGAAAUGUAUGGACUAAGGCAGUUGGAUUUAUCGCUGUUAUCUCAGUUGUGGGCUCUAAAUGAAUCGAUACAAGGGUUCCGUGCAUACAUACAGGAACAAGAAGCUCUAUCGCCUCCAUCACCUUCUCCCACGCCAUCGGAAACAAAUUCCCUUACAUCGGAACCAGAUGAAGAGUCGUAUUCGGGACAGCAUGCUCUACCGGGCAAAGUAACACAACAACAACCGCCCAUAACAAUGGUGCAGAGUUUACUGCCGAAACGGGGUUCUACCACAUCAACUUCGACCUCGAAUACAUCGGGUUCUUCAUCGAAUAACUCAUCGAUAAGUAAACAUCAGCAUCAUGGCGGAAAUGGAGUGUUUCCAGCAAGCAACGGCAGUGGCAUUAUGCCGCCACAAGCUCCAUUGCCACAGAAAUCGCAUCCACAGUUACCUCGUAUACUGCAGCAACGAAUGCGUCGAGCUCCCCCGCCACCACCACCCAAUCGGCCCAAGUCAUCGACAUCAAUUACUUCCAGUUCCUCACAUGGUGGUGGAGGCAACACUGGUCACCACCACCAUCAUUCAACCGCCACCAGUAAAUCUUCAUCGCCUUCUCCAUCUCCAGCACAAGGCGGAAAUAUAGUUAAUCAGUCGUCAUCUUCAUCGAUGGCUCCACGGCAUGUAUGACAAAAUCCCUUCUUAGACUAGACCGCGGUGUUAGAGUUGCCAGUCUAGUCUAAGAGCAUAGGGAU